UCAGUUAUGGCUGAAUGAGGGACGUCACUCGCUCUCUGCCUCUCUUACUGUGCCAUUUUUUUUUUUUUGAGGGGGAAAUUUGAGUUAUUUGGAGGAGUGGUAAUAUACUGUAGGUGACAGUGAAGAUGUUGACUUAUGAUAGACAAGAUGUAGUGUUGGUGGUGGAGAAGAGUGUUAGUAUGAAGAAGUACCUUCCUGAGCUGAUGGAAGCUUAUCUUGCUCCUACCAUAGCGCUGUUUGGAGGGGGUUUAUCUGAAGAAUCGGAUGUUUUCUUCACUCAGAGCAGUGUCGUGCAGUAUGCUUCUGUCUUUUAUGGGACCGAACUGUCACUCAUGGGGUCGUGGGGACAAGUUCAGUGUUAUGGACCCACAUGCUCAGAGGCUGAUAUACUGAAUUCAGUCAAGAAUGCUCGCUACACUUGUAAAAAUCUCUCCCGGCAAGCAUUUAUCCUGGAUGGGCUCCAAGCUGCAGUCAAUCUCUUCGACACAAUGAAGAAGCACUACCCUAGCAGUGAAAAUGUGCAGAGAUGCUGCAUAUUAAUUACCCAAAGCACACCCAUGAGCAACCCCUGGUCUCCCACCAACCCAGAAAAAGUUCUACUCGAAAUUAAAAGAACCAACAUCCAGUUGUCAGUUAUCUCCGCUCACAAGCUGGUGGAACUGUAUCGCUUGUUCGAUGCUGCUGGGGGUGACCAUCAAGCCAGUCUCAAUAAAAAUUACGCGAGCAAGCCUCAACACCUAGUACUCCUUAAUGGUUUCACCAGUUUAUACCUAGUCUCUCCACAUUCAGAAGUUCGAGGGCCAAUGCCUGGUAUACCCAGAAUGAUUAAUCAGCCACGACAACGAUGGCCUGGAGACACUAGUGCUGCUGGUACCAACACUGUUCCUGGUGUGGGCUCAUGGCAAGGCCAGCGACCUCCUGUUAUGCAGCCCAUAAUGGUUAAUCAACAAUCUCAACAGGCAGUGCAAACAGAUACAACAGCAGCAAAACAACUUCCCAAUUCAAUUCCAAAUGUUGAAGGGAAUAUGCUAGGUGUAAACCAAGCAGGAGCCAUUGGAGGUCAGGGUCAACCACAGGCUACAAUGCAGCAGGCAAGUGCUGUGGGGCAAGGAAUGAACCCUCCUAACCAACGUUCUGUUGUUUGGCAAGGCACGCUCGAGUGGCAAGAGAAGAAGACUGAUAAUAAUAGUAGAGUGGUGCAUCAGGUCACAUGUAAGAUGACCUCGCUGGUGGUGAAUGGAGAACCAGAAGUGAAAGCAGACUGUUGGGCUCCAACACUUAUCAUGCAGAUGAUUCCAAAGCAUAUUCUUGGCUCCAUUGGUAAUUCAUUCUUCAAGAAUGUCAAGACUGUCAUGUUCUUGCCUGACCAAAGUCCUGCACUGGAUAUACUCACCAACUUCUUGUUCCGUGGCAUGGCAGGAUGUGUGCAUGUCUCCCAUGCAUCCCCGGCUCAGAGCGAAGUAAAAGUUAUCAUCCUGCUUUUUUCAAGUGAAAAGAAAGCCUAUGUUGGUUUUAUUCCAGUUGACCAGUAUUCGUUUGUCAACAAAAUCAAGAGUGUUAUACAAAGUGCACGUAAAGGACAGUUGGUGAAUAGUAUGAUGGCACAGGGAAGUGGACCCAAUGUGUCGGGAAAUAACACUGCGCACAUGGUGGUGCCCGGAGGCUCAGGGAUGCAACAGCUGCCCAGCAAUCCAAAUUCUGGUUUGAAUGUUAUUCCUACCCAGAGCAUGAUCAUCCAGCAGAACCCUCAGCUAAACCAAGCUCUUAGUCAAGGUUCCUUUUGUCCCCUCCCUCCAAGCCUACCUAUAGGUUUCCCAACUGAGGAUAUUAAAGUGAUCCUUCCAAAAUCUUUUAGGUCAAAUCCAUGUCUGGGCACUUCAAAGCCUUUUGAAACAGAGCUUUUGCAACAGCAGCAGCAGCAUCAGACUGCAAUACGGCAGCAGCUGCACCAGCAGUUACAACAGCGGCCAGGUAUGGCUAUGAACAUUGGGCAGCAGGGACCAGGAUCCAACACAGCUCUUGGCCAGCCACGCAUUAUGCAGCCUUCUAUGCCUACCCCAGGGCUUAAACAACUACUACAACAGCAGCAGCAGCAGCAGCAACAACAGCAGCAGCAGCAGCAGCAGCAGCAGCAGCAGCAGCAGCAGCAGCAGCAACAACAACAUAUCCUGCUGAUGCAGCAACAGGGAAUAAGACCUCAGAUGGCUGGCCAAGGCCAACAGGUCAUGGGUCAAGCUAUAGGCCAGCAAAGCAUUGGCCAACAAGCUAUGGGUCAGCAAUCUAUGACACAGCAGGGCAUUGGCCAACCCAUUCAGGACAAUAAUGAUUAUAUGGUAGAUCUUCUCUAAGAUAAUGUCUGUGAAUUAUCAUGGGGCAUCGCUAAUCCUGGAGAGGUUGUACAGUGCCUGGGAAGUGAGGGACAUUUGUUAUGUAUGGGAAAGUGGCAGACCUGGAGAGGUUGUACAGUGCCUAAGAACUGGGAGGUAAUCGGGUUUGAGUCAAGUAAGGGAAGGAUAGCAAUAGUUACUGUACUUGGAUCAAGAGAUCUGGUGUGAAGCUGUGUAAUAAGAUACAGUUAAAUGAAACUUCCAUAGCUGCCCAACCAUUACAGUAAUUGAGAGUUGCAACUCCUUGGAUGCAUUAGUAAGGUCAGUUGCCAGCAACAGUGUUAAAGACUCAAGAUAAUUGGAACUUUGCCUUUAAAAUGUAUGCAGUACUGUACUGUAUAUGCUAGUUAACUGUAUAAGUUUUUGACAUAUGCAAGAGUUGCAUAUCAUUUGUUCCAACUGACAAAAUGUUUGUAACACAAAAUGUGUUUUCUUUUGGAAAACAACAUUGCAGAUGCUGUUUUGUACAUGUUUGUGACUACAGAUCAGCAGUUGCAAAAAUGUUCUUGACUUCUAAGUGUCUUAUUCAUAAGUAUGAAUCUUGUAACUCAAGAUAUUUGUAAAUUGUGUACCUUUUUUUUUUUUUUAAGCUGAUUUAAAAGAAUUGGUAAAUGCUGGAAUUGUUUGCUUAAGUGCUUUUCAUGGUGAAUGCAGUGGUCUUUGAAGGUGUUUGGAGAAACAUAAUUCAGAUUGUAAAUAAAUGGUUCAGAGAAUCAACAAGUUGAUAACUUAGACACAUGUGCAACACUUGGUAUUUUUUUUUAUGCAAAUGUUUCUCCACACUGACUUCCUUAGUCCAAUACAGAGAAGAAUGGUUGAAGAUUGGAAGAAGUUUAAGGUAAUCAAUCCCUCAAUCUGGAGUUGAUGUAAUUAGUCCAUCAGUCUUGAUAAGAUUCAUGGGCUCAUUACAGCAACUCUAGGUUGAAGGACUGAUUACCUCAAGCUUCUGAUCUUCAGUUAUUCUUGUCUGUAUUGGACUGAGGAAACCACGGUGUAGCAAGACAUUUCCACAGUAAGUAUACCCUAGUGUUGCACAUGUGUCUAAGUUAUUAUAAUUUAAAUUAUAUUUAUAUGAGGCAUUAAAAUUUUGUGGGUCACCCAGUGCAAGGAGUGGUAAAGGCUUGAUCCUCCCCCUGCCAGGUAUAAGAUAGAUAUGCUACCUAAUCAUGUUUGUCUAAUAUGUCCCCAGCAUUAAAAAAUAAAUCUUGGCAUCUCUCUCAUAACUUGAUGCAACAAAAAUUUUAAUUAUAACUUAUUGUCUAUAGUUAAAUUAGUCAGUGUAUUGUGAUUUUUUUUUUUUUUUAGCACACCAGCCAUAUCCCACCAAGGCAGGGCAACCUAAAAAGAAAAAUGAAAGUUUUUCUUUUUAAACUUAGUAAUAUUGUGAAAAUCUUUAACUAAAAUAGUUGCUCUAUAUGUGAGAAUUCAUGAACAAAUUACUGAAUUAAGUAAUUGGUGAUAUUCUGAACUACAGUGAGUGACUGUAAUGACAGAGGAUUACUACUGAAGAAAAUUAUAAGUUAAAAAAUAAUAAUUUAGUUAAUGUAAAACUGUUCAUUUCAUAAUUGCUGUUCAUAUGUUUUACUAGUUCAUUUCAUAAUUGCUGUUCAUAUGUUUUACUAAAGUCUUUGAUGUGGAGAUUACAAUAUAUGGAUUGAUCUCAUUUCCUUUCAAAAAUCUUUGUAGUUAUACUAUUGUUGGUAUAAUAAUGGAUUCUUAAGUACUACGAAUGUCUAGUACAGAGGGACACCAACUUAUGACUAGUACAGAGGGACACCAACUUAUAACUACAGGUCCCCCUCAACAUUCGCGUUUUCCACUUUCGCAGGCUUCGAACAGUUGUGAAUUUCCAGCCGCCCAAUUAUAUUUAAAAUAUGUCAUUACAUAUGUUAGGAAUUGUGGCAGUGGCAGAGUUUGUUUGGAGAUAAGACAAGAUAGUCCUUCAAUAUGACACUAAUAUCAACUCUAUGGCUUAUUUUUGUAUCACAAUUCAUCUAAUAUGACAUAAUAAACAAUAUUAAUAACAGAAACAUGACAUAUACUUUAGAAUGAAUAAAAUAUGUCAUUAAGUAUGUCAUGAGUGGUAGUGUUGGGUGUAUAAGGGCCACUGAGACAUAAGCCGUACAUGGUGGUUGAGGCGGCAGCAGAGGUAGAGACUAGAGAUGGAGGUGUUGUCAAUCGCCCUAUAUAAUUCCAACUACAUUGGAGGAGUUAGAUUCGUGCUGUCCUUUUUCUAUCAGUUAAUCACUUAACUUACUUGCUACACUGUUAACCCUUUGACUGUCACAACCCCAAAUCCUGAAGUGUCUCCUGGUGUUGAAAAAUUUUUGGAAAAAAAAAAAAAAAAAAAAAUUCUUAUGAAAUGAUAGAGAAUCUUUUCCUGAUGGUAAUGACAUCAAAAGUAUGAAAUUUGAUCGAAAACUUGUGGAAUUACGCUCCCACAAAGUUAGCGAUUUUGGCGAUAUAUACGUAUCGGCGAUUUCGCCGACUUUGAGCCCUAUUUUUGGCCAAUUCCAUUGUUUCAGUCAACCAAACUCAUAGCUAUUUCUUUAGAACUCCAUGGCUUAGUGCUUCUGUUUGAUUAUAAUAAUAAUUCUUUAGAACUCCAUUUUGCUAUCAUAAGAACAUAAGAAAGAAGGAACACUGCAACAGGUCUACUGACCCAUGCAAAGCAGGUCCAUGCCACCCCUAGCCUAGAGCAAUGACCACCUAGUCAGGUCACUUCCACUUAAGGAAGGAGCACGGCACCAGACCUGGUAGCCCAAGCUAGUCAGGUCCAACUCACACCCACCCACACCCACUCAUGUAUUUAUCCAACCUAUUUUUAAAAUUACACGACUUUUUAGCUUCUAUGAUGGUACUCGGGAGUUUGUUCCACUCAUCCACAACUCUAUUACCAAACCAGUGCUUUCCUAUGUCCUUCCUGAAUCUGAACUUUUCCAACUUGAAACCAUUGCUGCGAGUCCUGUCUUGGCUGGAUAUUUUCAGCAUGUUAUUUACAUCCCCUUUAUUUAUUCCUGCUUUCCAUUUAUACACUUCAAUCAUAUCCCCCUAAUUCUACGCCUUUCUAGAGAGUGCAGAUUCAGGGCCCUUAGUCUAUCCUCAUAGGGAAGAUUUCUGAUAUCAAUUGAGUACAAAAAACCGCCCAUUUACCGAUUUCAACUACCCAAUAAAGUGGUCAGAAAUUGGCAAUUUGGCCAAUUUCAUGCAAAUUACAAAAGAUGCCAAUUUCAAAAUAGGGUCCAGAAUAAACAUUGCAGACAUUCUUGGCACUAAAAUUACAUAUCCUUUGUUCAUUAGUCAUGUCUCCAGGCCCCUCUUAUAUUACUCUUGCUUUCUAUUUUGAUUUUUUAUUCACACAAAAAAUAGAAGAUUUACUGAUGUGCAGACUACUGCAUUAUUGUAAAAAUGGUAUAAAUAAUAUCAGUGCACUAGUGAAAUAACAUUAGACUCCUCAGCUGACGUGUAUUGGACGUGUGUGAUUUGCUUACUCUUGAACAUUGGUAAAAAUUGAAUAUUUCCGCUAUUUUAAGCUCAAUUUCAAGGUCGUUUUCAUCGUGAAACUAAUCAAAAACAUCUCUAUUUCUGUAAUAUGUUUACCAUUCUAUCAAAUGAGACCAAGAAAAUGAGAAUACAACCAUAAAUACUAUAGGAAAAUACACUUCUAAGUCGGCGUUUUAAUCCAAAAACACGGUCGGAGUUUUUUUCUCAUUAUGCACUGUGUGCUGCAAGAUUUUUUUAUACAGUGCACACUGACCACAUAGACCCUUUCUCUCACAUGUGAGCCUACCAGCUUUCUCCUGCUUGAUUUGAAGCUGCUACAAUUAUUGAGUAUAUGUCCAAAACACUGGCUCAUAAGACGUAUAUACACAGCCGAAACAGUCAAAGGGUUAAUGCUACACUUUACCACUGGCUGGUGCUAUAGCCUUCAUUGAUUAGUGCUGCUUUAGUAUCGUACAUAUAGAAUCACUGAAGAAGACAUAUUCUCCCCUCUCUCUUCCUCUUCCACUUUGGUACUCUGCUACGAGUUCUUUCUUGAAUUUUAGUCUUUUCCUCUUCUUUACUAAAGGGCUGGCACUAGUACAAUAUUUUAUGAUGUUUUUGUGUGUUUUAUGAUUGUUCAUGGUUCAGUAGGUUAAGGAAGCAGUAUUGUAUUGUAUUUCCCUACAAUAUAUUGGGGCACUAAACAUUCGCGAUUUUACCACAUUAGCGAGGCUCUUGAUCCCCUAACCCUCGCGAAUGUUGAGGGGGACCUGUAGUACAGAGGGACACCAACUUAUAAGUUGUGUUCUUGGUGUUCAACUUACAAGCAUGUUGCAUCAUCAGGGUUUGUUUACCAACUAAUGGUGUCCUUGGUGUUUGUGAAUGAUUUGAGCUGUGUGUUUCAACUUAGAAGUGAGUUGUUUCUAACACUGAACCUAUUAUUGCAAUAAGAUCACAGUCAACAGGUAAUAUAACAGUAUCAAAACAACCACUUUGAAAAAAUAGUGAAAUUCCAAGUGCUUUCAUGAUUUCUCACAUUAUCAAGGACCUGAUAAUGUGUGAACCUGUUAUUCUCUACAAAACAGUAGUACCAAGGAUAAUUGUGUUACACAUGUUUGUAACUGCAAAUUUAUAUUAAAAAAUAAUAAUUUUCUCAGUGUAAUGUGUUUUGGGCUUUGUUAAUAUGUACGAUGUAUCAUAAGUUGGGACAUUAACACAAAUUAAUAAGAUGUUUCUCACUCUAUCAUAGAUGCAUUCCAGACCCUUGGCAGUUUUAUUGAGGUCACUCAGACCUUAAACACUUAAUUUUUGCAUAAUGAUAUUUGUACUCUAUGAAAUGCAUUGAUUGCCUCUUGUGAAUGCUUAUUACAUAAACUCAGUUGAAAUAAAUCAAAUACUGAUGAAGCAAGGAGAACGCGUACUAUGAUAAAGUGCUGCGCAUGUGUAAUUUAUCUACUUGUUGGUUCUCUGAACUAUUUAUCUACAAGACCUUAGACUAUACUGCCUUGCACCUCUAGGGUAUAGGCAGUUGUUGCAGAGGUACAGGACACCAUUGUGUAUUACAACUAUACUGAACAGUACUUUAUGAGUGUACGAAAGUGCUAAAAUCAUAAUAUGUCGUCUAGCAACUGAAGAGGUUGAGAUAAUGAGGAUUCACUUGAGGAAAGGGGGAGUAAUUCUAAAUGUGUCCUAGUUGGGUUAUUGUCAUGUAAGUGAAGCUCUACUACCAGCACAAGGUAUAGUAAUAUCACAAAUAGUAAUUAACACUGAUAAAUGUUAUUCAGGGAUGUCGACUGUGUUUCAGCUCGACAGAAGAUAUAUUGAAUAGAAUCAUAGACAUACAAGACCCUGGUGGAGGUGAGAGUUGAAAUGGGGAUAAAUUAGAUAUUUUGAGCAGAGGAAUUUUGAGGAAGAAAUCACACAUUGUGGAACAAGCUUCUAUUGGGACAACAUUUUGCUAUGUGUAGAGCUUUAUUAAUUUAUGAUGAAGUUCUACACAGAAAAAUAUCCUAAUAAAAGUUUACUCUGUU